CUUGUUGGAUUAAUCUGCUUAUCCGCCUUUCUGACUGUAUCUGAACAAUAGGCAAACUGGACAGCCUAUUUAUUCAAACAGACACCUACCUUGAUUAUUGUUCUUCAACCCAUUCGAUUGUAUUCAUCUCUUGACAUCUCUAUCCACUCUCUUUUCCCCGCAUAUUAAACACCGCAAUAUUCAAUAUGGGUUCUGUUGGAAUAGAACAGUGUCAGGUGAUUUCAAUCAAAGGACUGAAUGAGAGUGAGGCAUCUGCAUUCUCUACUUUUCGCCAGCUAUGUGCCGAACAAGGCCUUUUGAAAAAGCCCCAAGGUUUAAGCAAGGACGAUGUCAGCGAUGGAAUUAAUGAUGACAUUGCCCUCCUGAGAUUCCUUCAAGCACGCAAGAUGAGCCCUUCAGAUGCUCUGAAGCAAUUCAAAGAUGCAGCAGCAUUCCACUCGGAGAAAAAUGUCCUCCGCUUGUUUGACCUGAUCUGCGUCGAGGAUUAUGAAGAUACCCGGAGCAUGUACCCUCACUGGACAGGCCGUCGCGACAAGAACGGCUACCCUAUCAUGAUCCUCGACGCAGGACAUCUCAACCCGACUACAAUGGCUCACUGGCGGAAAACCCGCGACAGCCCAGUCGCCAAACACGGCACGACUACCGACAUGAAGCAGAGAGCUUCUAUCCACUUUGACACAUUGACGCGGUUUAUCUUCCCGCUUUGCUCGGCUGCUCAAGACAGACCGGACAGUGGAUUGCCAGUUACCAAGUCAACCUAUCUCGUGGAUGGAACGACGGUAUCUUUGAAGCAGGGCUGGGAUGUGCGUGAUUUUGCGCAGGAUAUUAGCUGGAUUCUUGCUACUUGCUAUCCUGAAACAAUCGACCAUAUCUUCGUCUGUAACGUUCCCUCCUACUUUUCAAUGAUCUGGAACAUUGUCAAGAAACUCGUCGACCCAGCAACAGCAGAAAAGAUUGUCAUUUUGAGGCCAUCUGAUGUCUACCCCGGAUUGGAAAAGUACAUUGACCGCAAGAACAUCCCCACCAAGUUUGGCGGUGACUUUCCAUUCAAGAACGGCAUGCUUCCAGAUCUUGAUGCUGGUGUCUGUCAAGCUCUGGAUUGGACAAAUGCAGCAGAGGGCAAGCUCCCGCGUGGUCCGCUCAAGUGGAUUGAAGAUAGCACAGGAAAGAGAAAGGUGGUUGCUACUGGAAGCGUUGAUGGUGUGCAGAGAACAGAGGAAGUGGCUGUUCUUAAGAAUCAGGCUUAAGAGGGAAUAAAUAUGGUUCAAAUUGGUAAUUAAUGGGUAUAAUAGGUUUCAGAUAGACAUAAUGACUUUCAAUAUAUUGCAAUUCAUCACAUCAUCCAUGAGAAAC